AUGACAGCUUGUAUAAAAAACCUGUCAUACUUAAAAUUAAAGUCAAUAUUGACAUCUUUAAAGCAAGUGUCACUACAAAUAAGAAACCUGUCAGCUGUACCUUCACUUGAAUUAAAUCACACUGACACUGUCAAACCGGUGACCACUGACAUAAACCUGGUCGAGUACCCUGAGAUUGAUGAGAGUGAAUAUCUAUCUGAUAAAGUGGUCUCCAAAAUGAAGAUCCCCAGUGCGCUGGACCCUAGUACAGAAGACUUGUCUUACUUGGGGCCGGAGCUGAAGCCUACGUUCAAUUUCGCGGCUUAUGCAAACCAGUCGCCGACUAUUCAGGAGCUGGUUAAACUCGGGGUUCAGCUGUGGCGGAUAGAAACUAAUCAAGAGAGCAUGGCGUGCAUUUUAAAGAGAAAUUUUGAGGAUUUGAGGCCUUAUAUUCAGUUUCUGCACGACUGCGGAGUUCCUCCGGAAGAAAUUGGCAGAUUCAUCACCAAGAAUCCAAGGAUUUUCGAGCAAGAUAUGGACGACCUCAAGACCCGGAUCAGGUACCUCAGAGCUCAUAAUUUUAGCCGGGAUAAUAUUGCAAGGAUUGUCACAGCUCAUCCUCCAUGGCUCAGCUUUCCUACUAAAUUUAUUGACAAGAGGCUCGGGUUUUUCCAGAGGGAGUUUAAGCUCACUGGAGAACAAGUUAGAUUCGUUACCUUAAGGAAGCCCGCUUUGAUCACUUUUAAAGGUAACCAGUUGAGAGAGAAUAUCUUUAGUGUCAGGGAACAAAUGGGAUUCUAUCCUAGCGAGAUGAAAGCUAUCUUGUUGAACAAGCCAGCUGUUUAUACAACAGAACGAAGACUUACACUACCAACCUUCGAGUAUGUCCACAAUGAAAUGAUGAUUUCCCAUGACAUCAUCGCACAGAUGCCAAUAAUCCUAAGAACUACUCUAGAAAGAAUUAAAAGUCGACAUUUAUUCCUCAAAGCGCUUAAACGUGACCAGUAUGACCCGACAAAACCACUUUAUGUAUCGCUUGAUGAUAUUGCUAGUCCUACGGACUAUGUUUUUUGUUAUAAAUCUGCUAGAGCUUCUAUUGAACUCUAUGAUAUGUUUUUAAGAUCUUUAUAA